AUGGAGACCUCAGUUGUUGGGUACUUUACAUUUGUUCUGCUUCUUCUGGCUUUAACUAAGGUCCAUGGAGGUCCAGCGUACAGCUCCGUCCUGUCAUCAGACCUAUCGGAUUUAAAGGGUCUCCUGGAGCGUUUAGAAGACAAACUCCCAGCGGAAGAAGCAGAAGUCCCAGCUCAAGACUUAUUUCUCCCAAACUAUGAUUCAGCCGACUCCUCUAAUGCAGCUCCAGCCUGGACUGGAGACGCCGCCCAUCCCCCAGCAGAUAUGGGCUAUAACCGGGGGUCCUGGGCCCAGCCAGAGAAAAUGACACCAUUGAAGAACAAGCUUCGAGAGCUGCUGAAUGCCCCCCGGAGCAUGAGACGAUCCUCAGACUGCUUUGGAUCUCGGAUUGACAGAAUUGGAGCCCAAAGUGGCAUGGGCUGCAACCGCAGGUUUUGACAGGACCCCCCCCAGGUAUGGAGGAAGCGUGAGGGGACUACAGCAGCCGAGGGCCACUUUAUAAGGAUGGUCCUAUUACAGCCUCACUGCACCAA